AUGAGUUUCGCCGGCAUGCUACACAAGCUGGGCGGCCAGCCCGAAAGCUACGAGAAAAAAUCGAAAUACAAGUUUGGCAAGACACUCGGCGCCGGAACCUAUGGCGUCGUCCGUGAGGCUGACGGCCCAAACGGCAAGGUCGCCAUCAAGAUUAUUCUCAAGAAAAAUGUCAAGGGCAAUGAAAAGAUGGUAUAUGACGAGCUUGAUAUGCUCCAGCGACUCAAGCACCCGCACAUUGUCAAGUUCGUCGAUUGGUUCGAGUCCAAGGACAAGUUCUACAUUGUCACGCAGCUCGCGACUGGUGGCGAGCUAUUUGACCGCAUUUGCGAUCAAGGCAAAUUCACAGAAAAGGAUGCGUCUCAGACAAUUAAGCAGGUCCUUACAGCUGUCAACUACCUACACGACAACCAAGUCGUCCACAGAGAUUUGAAACCCGAGAACCUGUUGUAUGUUACUAAGGAUCCCGCUUCCGACUUGGUUCUUGCCGAUUUCGGCAUCGCAAAGACACUUGACAACAAGGAGGAGACUCUCCAGACCAUGGCUGGCUCGUUUGGUUAUGCCGCACCCGAGGUCAUGAACAGGGAAGGCCACGGCAAACCCGUUGACAUGUGGUCCAUGGGUGUCAUUACGUAUACGCUUCUUUGCGGCUACUCGCCUUUCCGCAGCGAAACCCUAGCCGAUCUGCUCGAGGAGUGUACCCAGGGCUCUCUCGUCUUUCACGAGCGAUACUGGAAGGACGUCAGCGAAGACGCCAAGGACUUUAUCCGCUGCCUCAUCGUUCCCGACCCCGACAAGCGUGCUACCAGCCAAGAAGCCUUGCGACACAUUUGGCUGAGUGGCGAAAACGCCACCGAGCACGACUUGCUUCCCGAGCUGCGCCGCGCCAAGGAGGCCCGCGCCAAGCUCAAGAAGGCCAUCCUCGCCAUUCAGCUGCAGAAGCGCAUCGCACGCCUCCGCCACGAGGCCGACGACGAUGAUGACGAUAACGACCUGCAGGAUGCCGCGCAAAACGUCGAAAGCGGCGGCCUCGCCAAGGCCUUCUCCGGAAUCAGCGUGUCGAGCGGUGGUAGCAGCAGCAGUGGCGGCGCCGGCGCCGGCGAGGCCAAGAAGCCCUCCCUUAAGGAAACCGUUAGGAGCGGUGCCGUCUUUCGUGAGGUUGUUCUUGCCAAGGUCCGCGAAGAAAAGGCCAAGAGGGAGGCCGCGCUGCAGACGGACGAGGAUCUCGUGCAAGAGGCCCGCCGUCGUAGCUUCAACACUCAACAUCACUCGUCGUGA